CCUGCGGCGGUGCCGGGGCCCCCCGCGGGUGCGAGCGGCGCCCUCAGCGCUCCCGGUGCCCGCGGAGCCGCCGGGGCGGCGGCGCCUCCUCCCCGCCCCUCUCCGCCCCGCCCUGCCCUACCCGGCGCCGUUGUGGCGGCGGCACCGCCGCGCCGCGCUUUCCUAUUGGCUGGCGCGCGGCGCUCGCGCCGCCCCCCCGGCGCUCCCAUUGGCUGCGAGGCGCGAGGGCGGGGCCCCGGCGCGGCCCCUCCGUGCUCCCCCCGCUGCCCCGCGCGGGGGUUCCGCCGCCCGCCAGGCCCCGGGCGCAGGGAUCCCAAGAGGAAUCCAUAAAUCCCGGGAUUUCUGCCUCUGGAAGCUCGAGAUGCGUUAGAAUUCCAAGAAUUCCCAGAAUUCCCUUUCCCAAAGGAAUGCAGCACCAUGCGCUGCCUGGCCCGCCUCAGCUCCAAGGCUCUCCUGGUGCUCUGCUCCCUCCUGGCUCUGCUCUCGCUGCUGCUCUGGACCCGCUGCCCCCGUGGCUCCCAGCCCCCUCUGGAGCGCCCUCCGGAGCGCCCCGGCAUUCCCGACAGCGAGGAGGCCUCUCCCCAGGACGCGCCCAGGGCGCCGGGAAUGCCGGGCGGCGCCGGGAGAGCGGCGGCAGCGCCGCGCUACGAGGAGAUCGACUGCGUCAUCAACGAGGAGCAGACGGUGAAGGGGCGCCGCGAGGGCGGCGAGGUGUUCCUGCCCUUCAGCUGGGUGGAGAAGUACUUCCAGGUGUACGGCCGGAUCGCCCAGGCCGACGGCGCUGAGCGCUUCGAGUUCUCCCACAGCUACUCCAAGGUCUACGCCCAGCGCGCGCCCUACCGGCCCCACGGCGUCUUCAUGUCCUUCGAGGGCUACAACGUGGAGCUGCGCGACAGGGUCAAGUGCAUCAGCGGCGUGGAAGGAGUUCCUCUCUCCACGCAGUGGGGCCCUCAGGGCUACUUCUACCCCAUCCAGAUCGCCCAGUACGGGCUGAGCCACUACAGCAAGAACCUGACGGAGAAGCCGCCGCACGUGGAGGUGUACGAGACGGCGGGGGACGGGAACGGGAACGGGAACGGGAAUGGGAACGGGGAGUGGACGGUGCCCAAGGGCUGCUCCCUCACCACCGUCUGGGACAAGGCCCGGCUCACCGCAGUCAAGCAGUUCUCCUGCCCAGAGGGCUCCGAGGGCGUCUCCCUGGAGCUCAACAACGGCCGGGAUUUCAUCAUCUCCUUCGACCUGAAGCUGCUGAGCAACGGCAGCGUGUCCGUGGUGCUGGAGACCACGGAGAGGAACCAGCUCUUCACCGUGCACUACGUGUCCAGCACGCAGCUCAUCGCCCUCAGGGACAGGGACAUCUUCUACGGCAUCGGAGCGCGCAGCAGCUGGAGCACGCUGACCCGCGACCUGCUGACCGACCUCCGCAAGGGCGUGGGGCUCUCCAACACCAAGGCGGUGAAGCAGACCAAGAUCAUGCCCAAGCGGGUGCUGCGCUUGGUGGCCAGAGGCCGCGGCUUCCUGGACAACGUCACCGUCUCGGCCACCGCCCACAUGGCCGCCUUCUUCGCCGCCAGCCGCUGGCUGCUGCGCAACCAGGACGAGCGCGGCGGCUGGCCCAUCAUGGUCACCAGGAAGCUGGGAGAAGGCUUCAAAUCCCUGGAUCCGGGCUGGUACUCGGCCAUGGCGCAAGGCCAGGCCAUGUCCACGCUGGUCAGGGCCUACCAGCUGACCAAGGAGCCGGCGUUCCUGGGCGCGGCGCUCAGGGCCACGGCGCCCUUCAAGCUGCCGGCGGAGCAGCGCGGGGUCAAGGCGGUGUUCAUGGACCGGCACGACUGGUACGAGGAGUACCCCACCACGCCCAGCUCCUUCGUGCUCAACGGCUUCAUGUACUCCUUGAUCGGCCUCUACGACCUGAAGGAGACGGCCGGGGAGAAGCUGGGCAAGGAGGCGCGGCUGCUCUACGAGCGCGGCAUGGAGUCGCUCAAGGCCAUGCUGCCGCUCUUCGACACCGGCUCGGGCACCAUCUACGACCUGAGGCACUUCAUGCUGGGCACGGCGCCCAACCUGGCGCGCUGGGACUACCACACCACGCACAUCAACCAGCUGCAGCUGCUGGGCUCCAUCGACGACGCGCCCCUCUUCAAGGAGUUCGUCAAGAGGUGGAAGAGUUACCUGCGGGGAGGCCGGGCCAAGCACAACUGAGCUCCUCCCCGGCCUUCCCGCGGUUUCCACGGGUCCUUUCCCAAAAACGUGGGCCUUAAAACUGCUCCGGGGAGGGUUUGGGAUCUCAACGCUCUCCCGCGUUGAGGUUGAGGUUGAGGUUUUGCUGGGAUUGGUUUUUCCUUUCCCAAGGAAAGCGUUUGCAGAAGCCAUAGAAGUCUUGGAAGCGCGGUCGCUGCCUGGAGAGCUCCUCCAGGGCCUCUGGGAUUUUGUGUCCGUGUUGGAGCAGCUCCCGUGGGAUGAGCGCCGUCCACGGGAAUCACCCGCAGCCUGGGAGUGCAAGGUGUGGCUUUAAAGUGGGGGGGCGGGGGGGUUUCCUAGGGAUCCGCUUUUUCGGGAUGAGAAAUCCGCAGGUGGAAUUUUUUUGCCAGUUCUCUGCCUGGAGAUCCUGGAGCUGGAGGGUUUCUUCAUGGAAAACACGUGCCCGGCAUCAUGGAAGCACAACUGGGAGCCUGGAGCACACAGCCCCGGGCCACCAGCACCCGCGUCCCCUCGGAGCUGGGAUCCUUAUCCUGGUCACUGGAAUUCCCUUGGAGCUGGGAUCCUUAUCCUGGUGUCCCCUCGGAGCUGGGAUCCUUAUCCUGGUCACUGGAAUUCCCUCGGAGCUGGGAUCCUUAUCCCUGUCACCGGUGUCCCCUCGGAGCUGGGAUCCCUUUUCUUGGAGCUCUGUGUUUUCUGUGGGAUUUUGGAAUAUCAUCUGGGAAUUCCACCUGGGAAUUCCACCUGGGAGGUUCCUCAGAGCAUUGGGGGCGUUUUUGGGAAUUGCUGAGCGGGACAUGGAGCUCGUCUGGAGUUCCUCAGGAAAUUCAAGAAUUCGGGAAUUUUCAUUUUUCCCCUGCUCCAGCCCAUCCAGCAUUUUAACAAUUCCAUCCCAGAGGUUUUUCCAGCUCUCCCUGGGCUGGAAUUCCCAGAGAAGCUGUGGCUGCCUCUGGAUCCCUGGAAUGUCCAAAGCCAGCUUGGAGCAGCCUGGGACAGUGGAAGGUCCCUAUGGAAUGGGAUGAGCUUUAAGGUCCUUCCCACCGAACCAUUCCAUGAUUCCAUGAUCCCGCUGGCUGCCUGAUCCUGAGCUCAAAGAUGCACUUCGGGAAUUCCCACUGCUCCCAUUCCAUGGUGGGGCUGAUCCCAAUCCCAAAAUCCGGGGCACGAGGACAACACCCGUCUCCAUCUUUUUAUUGCUUUCGUUUUCCGAGGCUUUUCCUUCGUUUCUCACCGAUCUCGGAGUGUCGUUUUCCCGGCUUUAAUCCGCACGCUCCGGUCGGAUCCACCCAUCAGAUCGAUGGCGGGGGAGAAAUUCCAAUACCAAAGGUAGCAGAGGGGAAUUUUUUCCAUGCCCGUGGAAACCCAACGGACACAAACCCACCCCAAACCCGGAAUUCCUUCCCAAAAAUCCUCUCCGUCCUCCCCACCGCGUGUUCCUUCCAUCGUUUUCCCAGCUGGAAAACCCGGAGAGCCUCCUUGGGUGCUGCUCCAGGAUGGUGUUGGUGCCUUACAGAGGUUGGAAUUCCCCUUGGCUGGGUUUUUUGGGAAUUGAUGCCGAUGGUGGGGUUGGAGCAUGGUCGAUUUUCCCGCUCUGGAAGCGCGGGAUGGGCAUUCCAAGAUUGUCCCUC